GCUCUCCGCGCCCCAGCAUGCCCUGCGCGAGCGGCGGUUGCUGGUCCGCUGGAGGCAUGGCGGCUUCUUCGAGUGGUGAGAAGGAGAAGGAACGGCUGGGAGGCAGCUCGGCAUCCGCAGGCAGUAACAGUACGCGGGAGCGACUGUUGUCUGCGCUUGAAGAUCUGGAGGUCUUGUCAAGGGAACUUAUAGAAAUGCUGGCAAUUUCAAGAAACCAAAAGUUGUCACAGGCUGGGGAGGAAAACCAGGUCCUUGAGUUGUUAAUUCACCGAGAUGGGGAAUUUCAGGAACUGAUGAAAUUGGCACUUAAUCAGGGAAAAGUCCAUCAUGAAAUGCAAGUUUUAGAAAAAGAAGUAGAGAAGAGAGACAGUGAUAUUCAGCAACUACAGAAACAGCUAAAGGAAGCAGAACAAAUACUGGCAACAGCUGUUUACCAAGCAAAAGAGAAACUCAAGUCAAUAGAAAAAGCAAGAAAAGGUGCUAUCUCCUCUGAAGAAAUAAUUAAGUAUGCACAUAGGAUUAGUGCAAGUAAUGCCGUGUGUGCCCCACUGACCUGGGUUCCAGGAGACCCACGAAGACCAUACCCAACUGAUUUAGAGAUGAGAAGUGGAUUGUUGGGUCAGAUGAACAAUCCUUCCACGAAUGGUGUGAAUGGUCAUUUACCAGGAGAUGCCCUUGCUGCCGGUAGACUACCAGAUGUUCUUGCUCCACAGUAUCCAUGGCAGUCAAAUGAUAUGUCAGUGAAUAUGUUACCACCAAACCACAGUAAUGACUUUUUGUUGGAACCUCCUGGGCAUAAUAAAGAAAACGAAGAUGAUGUAGAGGUUAUGUCAACGGACUCCUCAAGCAGUAGUAGUGACUCUGAUUAAAAAACACGGGAGACACCCUACAGAACUGCAGACCACAGAAUUCUGUUUCUGACACAGGAGCAAGGAGAUACUGCAGAGGCAUAGAGAGUAGCCACGUAAAUAUUGGCUGUGAUGGAAUUGUGUAGCCCAUUAAAAGUCGAAAUGGAUUUUCCCUUUAAAGCCCACAAUCAUAGUUUUAGUUUUAAUCCACCAGGCAAAUGUUUGGGGAUUAGUCAAAAUUUACUCUUGGAAAGGAAGAUUAUUCAGUAGUUCAGCGCUUUCCCGCUCUGCUGUGCGCCUGUUGUGAUGUAUUUGUGCGUAGUUCUGGAGAUAGAGUUGAGGGAGGUGACCCCUGUACAUACCACUAAUGGCUUCCGGGAAUUACUUUUUAAAACAGGGAAGUGGAUAUAUGUUACAUUUCAGAAUAAAAACUCAUUUCAAAGUGAAGUCUCUUGGCUUCUGUUGCAGGAACAGAAGAACAGUUUGUACUAUUUGUAUUCAUAAUUUUUGUAAAUAAAUUUGCUUCUGUUUGUAUA